CGACCCAGUCUUUUUUGUUGAAAUUUUCCUGUUGUGUUGUGUGUAGUGAGUGCAACGAUGUAUCCCAAGCUCGCAGUUUUGAGUCAAAGUCGCCACCGUUCUUUGGUGUUAGGUCUUGAAUAUGCACGCAGAAGUCUUCAAACGUGUUCAGGUGCGUUUUUGUAAGUUUUGAUCGGGAUCCGAGAAUCUUGCGAUCACGUUAUUGCACGUUGCUCAACUCGCGCUCCAGAGCUCACGUCGGAGCCAGUCGUGAAAUGCUAAAAAAGAAAACAGCUGUGCUUAGUAGAUGGGAGCAUAGAACUCACUCUAUUUUAUAGAUUUCUUGUGUUUUAUGUAUAUUUGUUUAUCUAAGAGUACAUGCACUGCCUGCAGUGGUUAUGUACUUUUGGAGUUGGCUACAUCUCCAUAAACCACUGGGCACGUCAUAGUAACUAAUUUAUGCUUAAUAAACUGGAGUGGGCAUCCUUUGAAGGUGGGAAAGUCCCCAGGUUGUUUAUAAGAAUGUGAACAUUUAAUAUAAUUAAGAGAGACAGACGUAAAAAUGGAUCUUACGCGUUUGUUUUGUAUCUCAAAGGCUGGCACCAAGGCCCGGGGGGUGGACUCCCAUAUGAAACAGACGGGGAUGCUCGUCGAAAAUUUUGAAUUUAACCCCUAAAGGAGACCAUCUGGGCGUGGCUCAAGCUUUUUGUGACCCCUAAAGGAGACCAAUCUAGGCGUGGCUUAAGCAAAUUUUGACCCCUAAAAGAGACCGCUUAAAAACACACAAAUACGACAUGCAAUGAGUUUUAAUGAUAUAAAGCAGGAGCCUAACAUAAUCAUCGAAUCCUUUUAUCUAAUAGUAGUUUUUAAAAGCAUUGUCAUAAAUCUUAAGUUCUUUGCAGAACCCUAAACGAGACCUUGGAGGCUUAAAAUAUUGGCGCUUUGCCCGAAACACCCUAAGCGAGACCAAAAUCCAAAAUUUACACCCCUAAGCGAGACGACGAGCAUCCCCGUCUGUUUCAUAUGGGAGUCGCCCCCCCUGGGCACCAAGGGGACUGGCACCUCCAAAUUAUAAUUUCUAAGGCCUCAUUCAAAAUUAAUAAUCAAGACCCCUCCACAGUUUUGUCAACUUUUAACAUGGACAAGUGAGGGAAAAUUCAUCAACACCACUGAAAAGAGCACCUUAAAAUUAGCAAGAUAUAGCUCUGCAAAGUUGUGGAAAUUUACAGACGUCUGUAUGGUGGGGUGGGGCAAGUUUGUGCCCCCAUCAUACAAACGUCUGUAAAAUUUGGUGACCUUGAGCAGCUAUAUCAUUGUUAGCUUUUGAAAAAUCACGUUCAAACUUGGCAGUUUUACUAAUAUUUGAAGGCGCUCUUUCCAGUGGUGCCAAUGUUUUUUCUCCAUAACUUGUCCACGUCAAAAGUUUCAAAACCAUGGGUCUAUUGUGAUCAACAUCCUAAGACCUUUUUUCAUUGGGCAAUCAAACAGGAUAAUGAUUCCCCCAGCCAUAAAUAAAUAUUGAUACUAUUUCAUAUAUAUAAAAAUAUAUCUAGCUGGAUUUUUGAAAAGGUUACUGCCAAAUGGACCUUUUGCAUCCAACAGUAUUUUUCGGCUAAAGAGCAUCUCCAAAGUAGCCAUUAUAAAAACUAAGAGUGCAACCAUUGCUUUUUUCUCUUCUCCUCCUUAUCUUCCUUUUCGCUCUUUCUUUUUCUCCUUUCCGUUUCCUUCGUUAGUGAGAUCUUGCAGCUUAUCGAGUCCAAAAAACCUGCCUUUUGACCCCUUUUAACUCAAAUUAAUGACUGCAACUUUUAUUAAAAAAAUCAGCUAGAUAUAUAUUUGACAUUUAUUUUAUAAUUAAUAAUGCUAAUAGGACUGAUUAGAAUCCAUUUUGAUCUGUACCGGGAUGUAGCUAAGGAUAACUUAAGCAGGCUUUUUUAUCAGUCAAUCUGGUUUUUUCACUCAACUGCACCUUAUAAAUAUCCCAUAUCUUUGUUUUCUAUGGAGUAAUUUGAGAUGGUCUGGCAGCCUGCUCUUAGGGACAUCCCUGCUGUAAUCAUACAAGAUUAGUGAUUAACAAAAUCGUGGUCCUGUUAUUUGAUAUUUGUCCACUGACUGCAGGAUUAUUAAUUUUUUUGCAAUGUGUUUAUUUAUUUAUUUAUUUAAUAUUUAUUUAUUUAAAUGUAGGACCAUUUAGUUUAGCUUAAAAAUUAAUUGUGUUAUUUUUUCAUUUCUUUUUGUUCAGGUUACCGUUUAUUGGUGAAAAUUAGCUACUAAUUAAAAGUAACUUUCGUAAAAAUCCGAAAUGUAAAAACUACCUCACUACCAGGGAUGUUUAAAUUGUUUUCAGGAUCAUUAUUUCAAAAGACAGCACCAGUGGAUCCUGGCAUGGAUAUGCCAUCAUGUGAAUUUAAGCCUGAACCUUAUGAGGUGAAGAUAACCUUUUUUUUCGUUUUAAGGAUAGCAAACUAAGAGAAAUACAUGAAGCUCAAGAUUAUGUAAACUGCAGAUUGGAAGUACAAAUUUUAAAUGAAGAUAUGAUUGAUAGAGAGAAAGAAGAUAGAAAAACAGUUCAGUUGCCAUAUUUAUUUUAAAUCAGCUGAUUUAAACUUGUGUCGGUCACAAAAUUUUAUAUAACUUUGCACAACUUGAACUUACUCAGCUCUAAACUGGUUUUAGAAAUUUUCAAGAUAUGAUUUUGUCUUUUCUUUUGUUGUUUCUGUAUUGUAAUGAUAAGAUUAUACAAAAUUCUCUUAUAUUAAGGAAAAAGAAAAAUCCUUAGUAGUUAACUUAAUUGUAUUACACAGAACAGUAUUUCUUGCAUUUAUUUUCAUGUUUCUAUAACCUGUUUUAAUUGUGAGCAGUGCAAUAUUAAACUUCCACUGAGGAUGCUGAUGGCUGUUUACAAGAGUUGUGCCAAUAAAAUGAGCAGCUUUAUAAGAGAUACCUUUUCCUCUUUGCAAUGGUUUUCUGUUUACUUUAGUGUCAUUUCCAUUUAGCUCCCUAUGUUGUGUAGUAAUCAAUUUAAUUAAAAUAAUGUCAUAUUUUCAAAUUAUUUUACUUUGUAAUGAUUUCAUCACCAGGGGAUCACAUUUGAACAUGCAAAAGAAGUAAGGAAAGCCAAUCUUAACCCAGCUCUAUUCACAUAUUAUAAAAACCCAGUAUUCAUCACAAAGGUAUGGCUCAAGUUGGCAGGUACAAAAUACGUGCAUACAUGCAAUCUAUACAUAUGUAUAUGUUACAGGCCAAAAUUAAAUUCAGGUUGAUUCUCAAUUUCCUUUGUCUCUUAGCUCAUACAUAUACACAUAACAUAAUAAAAUAUAAUUAUAUUAUACAGCCAUAAUCUUCAAAAAACGUCAGUGUGCAAUAAAUUUAGGCAUUAGUACAGUAGGAAAAGAAGAUGCUAACAUAACAUGCACACUAUAGACAGAUUUGAUGUACAUCAAUGUACUACAUGACAACAAACAAACAAAAACAAAGUUACGUUACUGCAACAACAACAGUAAAAGAUGUUGUUACUUCAAUAAUGGAGAUAGCAAACGCAGAAGUUCUGGGGAGUUAAUUGUGACUAGGCCGUGAGCUCUGAUUAAUACAUUUUUCGUUUAAUGCAGCUGACCCACAGCUGUAGCCUAUAGGCUACAAUCACUAUCAUUGCUACUUGUGGGUACCAAGCAAAUGUGGUUAUAAUGUUGUUAAGUCUUAUAGUAUUAAUUUUACUUAGCUUAGGUAGUACAUUGAGGUGUGUUUUUAACAUUUUUGCCUUCAAGGGUCACAUGCAGUGGCUGUGGGAUAACAAUGGCAAGAGAUACUUGGACUUGUUUGCUGGUAUUGUGACUGUCAGUGUAGGACAUUGUCAUCCGUAAGUUAUAUUGACAGAUAUUACAGUUACAUGAGUCAAACCUCAGUAAUAGAAACACUGUGGGGGCCAUAAAAGGUGUCCAUAUUAUAUUAAUUUUUUUAAUUUUAAUUUUAUUAACUUUGCAAACGAUAAGAUAAGUGACACUUCAAAAAAAAACUUGUACAUAUAUAUUCACCUGAGUACAGGCGGGGACUCCGCAACGGUGAGCGCCAAUUACUGCGGGCCCAAGACACAGAUUGCUAAGAAAUGGAAAACUAUUUAUAUUAUCUAAAAACUGUGCUGUCCAAAAUUAUGGGCAGCAUUACAGGUCAAGGAUAUAGAUUUGAAAGAGCGCGGGUCAUUGGGGAUGUAGGAAGUGACAAGAGCUUUUUUGUAAUAACCGUAAAGGACAGCUUUAAAGAACUUGAAGAACAGGCAACAGAUAGUCCAAGGUCUGCAGCAAGAGCAUUCCAUAUUCUACUAGUUCUGUUAAAAAAUGAUCUUUGAAAGGUUGUUAAACAGUGCAUGAUUAAAAAUAAAGUCUGUGAUAUCUGGAUUGCUGGUGUAAUCUAGUGGUUCUUGUUGGUGUGCGUAUCCAAGGAGUAACGGUUGGAUUAAUUUCAACACGCCCAGUUACAGCCUUAAAGAAGUAUUAACAGGGUGUCUGUAUUGCGUGGGUUAAAUUUAGAGAAAAUGUAAGGGCUUACUUUCCCAAAGAAACGAAGCAAACUGUCCAUAAUAAUGAGGUGUCCAUAUUAAGUUGUUGCCCGUAAGGUGGGGUUAACUACAUGAGUAUUAUUUUUGUGUCCUUACAGUUGCAUGUUGAGCUUGUAGUAGUUGGAGUUUAUUUUGGUCAAUUAAUGUUCAUAAAUUCUUUUUCCUGGUAAUUUAGCUGCUGUCUGUAUUCCUGGGAUGUCAAGACAACUCACUGUAUAUUUAGCCUUUGUACGACCAACCCGAUCCCCUAAAAAAGUCAGGUUGUUUCUACAUGUACAUGUAAUAAUUAAUUUGUAUGUCGAUAAUAUUCCAUUUAAAGACCAGUACCAUGUGACUAAGUUUUCCAUAUUUAAAUUUUUUAGCGGGAUGUUUGGAUGGUAUGCCUUUCAAAUUGUUAAUUUUAUAAGCACACUGUGUAUUCAAGGUCUAGAGAAAAAAUAUGGACUCAGAGGAAGGAAAUGUAUUUGAUCCUUUUCUCACAUUUCCACUGUAAAAAAUUAAUCCUUUGAUUUAAUAACCUUGCAUUUAGUUAAAUUAACUGUAGAAUGCUAAUAGCCUUGCAUACGUUACAUGUAUACUGUACUUGUACUUUCUGACUAGCUGUACUACUCAAGCACUGAUCAUAACUACAGUACAAUAAUACAAUAAAUAUUCUUCCCUAUAGCCAUGUGACAAAUGCUGCUAAGAAGCAAAUGGACAGUUUGUGGCACACAACAAACAUCUACUACCACCCAACUGUUCAUGAAUAUGCUGAACUGUUAGCUUCAAAGCUACCUGGGAACCUUAAGGUUAGAAAUUUAAGAAUUAAAUGUAGAUUUUUAAAACAAAUUGGCCUUUGAAUACUGUUUUGUUGGACUGUUACAAGCAAAUUUCGUGACUGGAAAAGUUAAAUUUUGGCUUAUCGAUGUGUGAGAGAUUUGUAGAACUGUUCUUAGAGUUCUAAAAUUUUUAGAGAUCCUGUUGGUUAAUGUUUUAGAAUUCCUGUUAUUGGAAAGGCAUAUUUAUUACAAUGUAAGAUUUUAAUAUUAGUGCUAUUAAGAUCUAUAGAAUUAUUCACAUUACAUGUACGCAAAAUAUUUUAGAAUUUUUUUACAUCUUUAUUAACGGUUUUUUAAGUUCACUUUUUUAUUUGUUGUAGGCUCUUUUUCACAUUUUAGACUGUGAAGUUAGAAUCAAAGCAUAUAACCAGGAAGAUAGCUAGAUAACAAGCUCUUAAGUAUAGGUAGGAAGAAAAGUCCAAGAAAGUAUAAUAAAUGUUUUUAUAGGUUUUAAUUUAUUUGGCAGAAAAGUACUUUUAAAUACAACAAAAUAAUGUUAUUUAUUAUUUAACUACAGUGAAUGUACUAUGUACAAGUAUUUUGAGGUGUGUGAGAGUUAUAAUAAGUAAACACAACUUUUUCUUUUGUGGUAGUCAACAUGUACAGCUGACUAGUCCAGUUUAUAAUAAUAAUCACGGUUUGACUUUAUGGUCGCGUGUGAUGGGUCACGGUUCAGAGUUCGUGGGUUAGUGUACAAGUUAACUAGGGUGUAAAUGUCACAGUUUUAGAUGUGCUCUUUAGGAUCUUUAAUCAUUUGCUGUCCAAAUCAUUUGCAUAUUCUUAACCAGCCUGUGACAAAAUUUGCAUGUAUUUUUGUUACUAGGUGUGUUAUUUUGUUAACAGUGGUUCCGAAGCCAAUGACAUGGCAAUUAUGAUGGCAAGAGCUCACACAGGAAACUUUGAUUUCCUUUCUCUCAGGUAAGAGCUUCCCUUUUCUUGUGAAUGGUUUCGUCUAUUGAUUGCAUGAGGUGGUGUAAAUAAAUUAUACAGAAUACACUAGUAGCAGUUGUUGUAUCAUGCUUCAUGCUAAUGAAUCUGGGAUAAGCUCCAGUUAUUUGAACCUUUGGCUUAUGUGCGCCUUUAAUUUUAACCUUUUUACAGUAGUUUUAAAAAAAGACCUUCAUGAAUACAUGCAUGAAGUGGUCUCUGAUAGUUGAAUAUAGUCUCAUCAUAUAACUAUAAAGACUAGUGUAAAAUUUCACUGUGCUAUUGAAAAAAAUACAUAACUUCACCCCUCAAGAAAGGUUUUUAUCCUUCCACACCUCCAAGGCCCUCCUUCUCUCAGUUUUUUAACAUGUCCUGAUCACUACAGGCUAUUUUUUACAGUGAGAUAUAAACCAGCUGUUUGGAUGUUAUUGAUUGUAGUUCCAUAUCAUGAUAAUUAUGGUGUUUGUAGGUGUAUUAAUUAAUGGUGGUUGACAUUGUUGCUUGAAAAAAUUCAGGUUUAGUACUUUAGAGUAAACAAAGCCAUGGAGAGAACAAUAGUAAUACCUAAAUAGUAAACAGAGUCAAUAACAUUGCGGUUUUACACAUAACUUGCAUUUUUUUAAAAGUUUCUUCAAUGUAUUUGUAGGGCAACCCAAACAGGGGGAUGUUUAUCGAUAAGUUGUUACAUACAACAGUUAUAAAUUUCAUAUCUCCUCACAGUACUUAUAAGUUAUGAGUUUUGUUUCAUUUAUGAUUAUCAAUGGCUACUUUAUAUGGCUUUACGUAACAGGCUUUACGCUCACCUUCCAGUUUGAUUACAAUUAAGUGAACAUUACAUUAAUUUUGUUGUAGGAAUGCAUAUCAUGGUGCCAGUCCUGGAACUCUAGGAAUUCUUGCUCACAAUACAUGGAAACUUAAUGUGCCACUGUCCUUUGGUUUCUUCCAGGUAUAGUUAAAAUUGUACAAAAUUUGUUUUGCUUCAUGUACUAGUAAGCACCUUGAAGCUAAGUAAGUUCAAAUUUGAUGGGUAAUAACUUAUCACAGGUUCAAAGAUGAGAUGCACAGUACUUAAUUAAAUCUAAGAUUUUGUUGCCCUGUAUAAGCCAGUUUACAUGAGUAAGGUUUACUUUUUUGAGUUGUUGAAUAUAAUAUUUUAUUAGAACCAUCAUGUUCUUUGAGAUUAAUUCUACAACCAGCUGCAAAUAUGUUGAGACAUUCUGACGCACAACCAGCCUUUUUUACUUAAAAUUUCUGCUAUAGAUAAGUCACACAUCUGUGAGAUAUGACACUUAACCUUUCCCCAUCACUCCACUUCAUUUAAAGUUGUUCCUCCAUCUUGGGUUGUUUCAUUGUAUAAAAUUGUAGUAACUUUGACAUUAGGGGAGGGUCGCCGGGGGACAGGCUAUCAAAGCCUAAAUGUGGUACAGUGUUUCAAGUACACGUGUUAAUUUUUGCUACUGGUUGUACAAUGUAGCGUGCAUGGAUUCUAUGCAAAUGAGACCUGUCCCAAGCAAUUCCCCCCCCCCCCCAAAAAAACUUCAUUAAGCAUACAAUGUAGGCUAGGACACAGAGGACCUUUCUGUUCCUGUAAAUUAUUUGAGCUUAUGGAAUUUCAUUGGAUUGUUACUAAUGAUAACACAAACACUUUGCUUUAUAGACCAUGAAUGCAGAUGUGUAUCAAGGCCCAUGGGGUGGGGCUAAAUGCCGAGACUCACUUGCACAGGUAAGGUGAUUUGUUUUUAAAGGUCACUAUCAUUAAACAGUUUUGGAAUUGCAUAAGCCUGGCCUGGCUGUUCCCACUUUCAGCUUUCAACCAUCCAAUGCAACCACUGCCCAGUUAGCUCAGUUGGGAGAGCACCCAUCUGCCAAGCGGGAGGUUGUGGGCUCAACCCUGGCUGGACCAACAACCAAGGUCUUUAAAAAAGAUUGUGCUGGCUGUGAUUUGAGAUUUCUCAAUUCAGAUGAUUGUACUCAUAUUGGGUAUCCUUCUUUAAAAUAAUAGUCAAACCAAAUGGGAUGAAAUCAGAUUUACUAAUAAAAUUUGAUUUGUAUUUUUUUUACUGUAGGCAGACAGGACCUGUGACUGUGCUGCAGGCAAGUUGGGAAAUUAGUAUAGUGAGGCUACAUUAACCAUAUCCUAGGGCUAUAAAAAUAUGGCUUUAUAAGGACGUGGUUGUGGUAACAAUGUUCUCAAAUGAGAAAUGACUGAUUGUAGGGUUUUAAUGUAUCAAAGACGUGUUGUCAUAGCUAAUUAAAAGUUAUUACAUAAAAACCUACAAACAAUGCUCUCAACCAACGUCUACUUUGGAACCACUUGUUAUAAAAAGUAUAAGAGUAAUUCAAAGGAGGGGUGGGGUGAGGUUUAGCUCAAGGUUAGUAAUGAUAAUAGUUUGUUACUUUGUACAUGUAGGUCAGUGUAUUGCAUCCAAACUUUAUGUUGAUCAACUUAAAGAUGUGUUGGUUCACUCUACGAGCAAGAAAGUUGCAGGAUUUAUUGCUGAAGUCAUUCAGGUUAGGCUAGAGCAAAAUUCCUGUUUCUUUCUCAGCUGGCUAGUUUUUGUUAAAGGCAAUGAAUUCCUUUGCUUGAUGCAGAAAAAAAUUAGAUUGUCCACUCGAAGGAAAAUGCCCCUAAUCAAAUGUAAUCUAGCAAGCCACUGUAACCACAGCGACAUCAACUGAAACUUACGUCAGACUGGCAACAAACUUUAAGGAACGUUACAGAAAUCAUUAGUCCUCCUAUCGACACUCGAACAGAAGAAGUGAAACGGAAUUCUCAAAAUAUAUUUAAACUUUACAAGACCCUAAGAAACCUUUCCAGAUAAAAUGGAAAGUUUUAAAGAAAUGUAAACCCUAUAGCAACAUUAGCAAAAAAUGUAAUCUUUGUCUUUAUGAAAAGUUCAUCAUCAUUGUAAAAAAGAGCUUUGUAACCUAAACAGGCGAAACGAACUGCCCCUACAGAAACAAAUAUGUACUUCAGAACUCAGUAGAGUAACGUACGGUAACUAAGACACAAUCCAUUUGUUACCUAGAUACAAUCUCUUAACCCAUCCCUAUAACAACCUACCAAAUUUUACUGCCAGCUUUGAAUUUUAGUGGUCAAUCGUUGAAGUUGCCUGAUAAGUGUGGUCCUCCUUCUUUUUGUGAAAGUUAAGGUUGUUUAAAUCUCACUGAGCUAUGUAAAUUUAAAUAAGAAACAAAAAACAAAACAAAUAACUAACAAUCUGCAGGCCGAGUCGUUUGCUAAUAGUUUACUGGCUAGCUCAGUUCAUAGAUAAACUGUCAGAACCGAUUAUAUCAGUUGUCCAGGUAACAGUAACGCAAGAUUUGGUACGUUUGGUACGUCGGUGUAAUAAAAUGAUACCAUCGUGUACUGAUUAGUUUAUUUAAAGCGAAAGGAGAUGAAUAAUUAAGUCCUAUGGUUAUUCCCUUCAUGUUCAUAAAAUUGUUGUCCAUUGUUUCAGGGUGUUGGUGGUGCAGUUCAUCUUCCUAAGGGAUUUCUUAAGGGUGCAUAUGAGCUGAUCAGGGAGCGUGGAGGCGUCUGUAUCUCAGAUGAGGUGUGGCUGAAAUUAACGUAGAACUUUUCUUAUACACCGUAAGUAGCUUUUUAGGACAGUCAAAUACUCACCUUUCUCUAACCUUCUAGGUUCAAACAGGAUUUGGUCGCCUCGGAAGCCAUUACUGGGGUUUUGAAACUCAAGAUGUUGUUCCAGAUAUUGGUAACUUUAUGAUACUUUGUAGCGCUUCUUUUACAAAGCACUCUUGCUACUAGCAUUGGUUUAAAAUUAAGAAGGAACAGGCUCUAAUCCCUGGGGAGCAGGGAUGGCGCAGUGGUGAGAGCACUCGCCUUCCACCAAUGUGGCCCGGGUUCGAUUCCCGGACUCGACGUCAUGUGUGGGUUGAGUUUGUUGUUGGUUCUCUUCUCUGCUCCGAGAGGUUUUUCUCCGGGUACUCCGGUUUUCCCCUCUCCGCAAAAACCAACAUUUCUAAAUUCCAAUUCGAUCCGGAAUGCUCGAGCGUUUAAUACAUGAGCCCCUGCCUCGGGAGAUUGGGCAACCACUCCUCACGCUAUCGAGCUUAAAUAAAAUUAAUUUAACUUAAUUUAAAAUAUGUUGACUAUGAAAUGCUAUUUGUCCAUGACCAUUAACAUGAAUCCUCUUUCCAGCGCUUUCGUCUGCUAAUUACUGUGCAGUAUUUUACGAAAUAAAAUUUAGAUUAUCUCUAUCAUUUGGAAUAUCAAUUGUAUCUAUUUUGGCAGUGAAACUUUUACCGUUUACAGUAAGAGUGAUAUACACCAUAAAGUAGGUUCUAACUGUUACAUGUAGGUGGAUGAAAUCGUGAAGUAAUUACAGUGUGGUGUUUUUUCUUUCUUUAGUUACCAUGGCAAAAGGUAUUGGAAAUGGAUUCCCAUUAGCUGCAGUAGUGACAACUCCAGGUAAGAAACAGAGCAGCAGCAGGGAUGGAGGGGGAUGGGGUUAGUAGGGGUAGAAGGUGGGGGGGAGGUGAAGGAGUUGAUUACUGGCUGCCGAACCACAAACAUCCGUAGUUACCAUGCACAGUGCAAUUGCUAUAGAUAUAUGCUGCAUAUCAGAAUGUUGUUUUACGGUUUUGAGCAGCUGUGUUUUGUUUUCCCUAUCGGCUUUUUGUGCAAUUUGAUAGUCAUUUUGUUUUAGCGACCUCAUUUGACGCUUCCUAGAUGGCCUUAAGUUCAAUGAUCGGGGCUAUGGGUCACCAACGUUCUACAACUAACGCCAUCUUGUUGUUGAUGUAGAAAUAACCGACUUAAAGUGGAAAGUAAUCCGAAAAAAAAAAAAACACUGAAAGACUUUGAGAGACUUUCCCGAUGCAAUGCGAAUUGUCGGAGUAUUGUGAAACAAGAUUUCGCUGGUCUUAUUUAUCCUUGCUUUUAAGGAAAAAAAAUACGAAUGUUCGAUUUCUAUCGUUUCAAAUCAUUAUAAUAUUUAAGGCAAUAAUAACAAACAGUAACCAGUCUGCGUCGGCUCAAAAUUGUUUUAUUUUAUGUUCCAGAAAUUGCCCAGAGCUUUGCCCAAGCAGUUCAUUUCAACACAUAUGGUGGAAACCCUAUCGCAUCAGCAGUUGGAAAAGCUGUUUUAGAGGUACUGAAGUAGCUUGGUCACAGAGUUAAAAUUAUUUUACUUAAUUUAAAAGAACAACAACAGGAAAGAAAAAGAAAGCUGAAAGGGCAGUUUUGAAACUACAAUUUCUCAGUAAAGCUUACCAGAUUUUGCUCCUUGGCUAGUUUGAGCAGAAAACUGUCAGUCUUUAGUCGCCUUUCAUUCUAGGAAGAUCAGUCACCACUCACGUUUGCUCUAUUUUUGUUGACAGGCCAUAGAUGAAGACGGAACACAGAAGAACUCUGAGGUGGUGGGAACGUACUUUAUAGAAAAACUUCUUGAUCUCAAGAGUGAGUUCCCGGAUGUUGUUGGCGACGUCAGAGGCAAGGGAUUGAUGAUUGGCGUGGAACUUGUGACUGACAAAGUGAGCCUACAUUUACCUAACUUGUACCACUUAAAUUGAGGUAGUCCAUUGUGCAUAAAAGUAAUGUCUGCCCGCAAGCGUUUUAAGAAAGCUAUUCUAAGCUUGGACCAGAAAACAUGGUCGUCCAAAAACAAGAUGGAGAGACGAUCUCACCAGACAGAUCGGACCCUUAUGGUCAAGACUAGCCAAGCACUGCAGACACCUGUGGGAUCUAUCCAGGGAGAGGUUCCUCUGUCAAGAGUGAAUACAUGACGAUGAUGAUGAUAAUAAUUCUUGGCUGCACCAAUUUGUCCUAAGUCCUUACAUGCUUUUUUCCUAUUUUCGCAAAAUGUAUCUAAGCGCUUUUGCCAUAAUCCCAAAAUUGAUUCAAUUAUUGCUUGUGGGCACCUCUUAGCGCAAAUGGCCUGUUCAGCCCUUUUCUUUCAUAGUUUACUUAUUUUGGUCACUAAAAACCAUAAAUAGUAACACUGAAACUAUCUGUUUCCCUUUUUGCGAUGGUAAAUUGCCCAUUUUCUCAGAAAUAUUUUUGAGACAGCAUUGAAAGAAAGUAAAGGCAAAUAUAUUUGUGUGCAGGUAUACAUCUCUGCAGCACCAACAGUCCAACCUCCACUAACGGCCACUUUUUUGUCAUCAAUCCAUACAUAGACUCCUGUUUAAACCUCUCUAUAACGGCCACUUUCUUCUAUCCCCACUUUGCUCGUUUUGAAGAUGUUCAACUGUAUUUUGUAAUUGUAUUCCUUGUUGGGGUUAAAUGACUUCAAGAUUGUUUGUUUUGUCGUUAUAGGAGUCAAAGACACCGUUGCCACCCGAGAAGUUUGUUCCCAUCUGGGAGGAUUGUAAAGACAUGGGGGUACUAAUUGGUAAAGGAGGAUUAUAUGGCAACGUAAGUAUACAAGCUUGUGUCAAGCAGCCCCACCCCCUCCCCCUUCCCACCACAGACACGUGACUCAUCUUUGCUCUCAUCUCUCUCCUCACAAAAACUAGGGCAGUUACACUUUAAGUCCAUUCCGUUAACAUAAAUUUUUACUGCUCUUUGUUCCGAGGAUAUUUCGUGUUAACAAAAACGUCAAAUUCGCCAUGCGAUUUGCGUUACCAUUGUACAUAGAAAGGUCUUUCCCCUAAGUCAAAAAUAUUCCGCGUGUAAGAAUCUUAACAUUACAAUGCAAAUCGCUUGGCGACUGUUUAUGGUAAUGCUUUCAGUGGGAUAACUUGGAUUUUUUUUCCGAUUCGCCUGUGUCACUGGUAAGCAAAAAAAAAGGAGGAAGAAGAACGAGGAAGCCCCAAUCUGACAAUUUCUGAGUACACCCCUUGAAAUUUCUCAUUGGUUAUAAAGAUUAUGACGAUUGAACCUCUUCAUGCCAACACUUCCCUUCUGUAAGGGACAGUUUCAUAUAUUACCUACCUCUAUAAUAGGGACACCUCUGAACUCUGCAUGUCCCAUUGGUUUUGUUCUUUUAACAGGUUUUGCGAAUCAAGCCUCCUAUGUGCAUUAACAAGGACGAUGUUGACUUUGGUAUCGCAGUUUUGCGCACAGCUCUGAGUCGGUACACCCAAAUCAAAUGAACACUUCACUGAAGUUAGAUAUUUCUUACAGCACCGAUUGCAAUAGGAAUACAAAUGGUGAAGAUAUAAAACUUCUGCAUCUGCUUUGUCUUCAAAGGAAAAUCGAACUUCUUUAUAAAGUACAAUUCACAUCAAAGGAACCACCGGAACUUUUGGGACAGAAUCGAAUUUUAUUGAAACUCUGAUUAAUAUAUUUUUACGUCUAUGAAGAUGGUAUUCAAAACGGCUCGGAAAGAGCGUAGCAGCACCCCGUCUGUCAUUUCUUCAAACUUUGCUUAAAUUUUAGAUCAAUCAAAGCAAAGAUAUAAGAAGAACUGUUAGGUAAUUUUUAUACUACUUUAUAUUAGAGAAUACUCUGCGUACGCUAAAACACACAGAUAAAUUGUAAAAUGGAUCUCGGUGGUUGGUUUUAAAUCAAGAGUGGUCAUUAAAAGACAG